AUGGCAAAUAACCUGGGAGCUGUUGCUCAGCUUUUAGAGGCCAGCUUGGAUCCCAGGCAAAACAAACAAGCCGAACUUGCACUUCGACAAGAAGAGAAAAAGCCCGGCUUCUCGCUAUACCUACUCCAAAUUACCGCGUCUGCGGACUUCCCCUACAACACUCGGCUCGCAAGUGCCUUAUGCUUCAAAAAUUUAAUUCGGAGAAAUUGGGUCGACGAGGACGGAAAUCACAAGUUACCGCAAGAUGAAGUGGUCACAAUCAAGCGGGAGUUGAUCAAUCUGAUGAUCAAUGUCCCAGGAGGAAUUCAGACACAGCUGGGCGAGGCAGUCAGCGUGAUUGCAGACAGUGAUUUCUGGGAGCGAUGGGAUACACUUGUGGCGGAUUUGGUAUCACGAUUAGAUCCCAAGAACCCCGCUGUCAACAAUGGAGUCCUCACGGUGGCACACUCCAUUUUCCGACGAUGGCGUCCAUUAUUUCGAUCAGACGAUCUCUUCACCGAAAUUAAUCAUGUGCUAAAGACUUUCUCAACGCCAUACUUGGCAUUGUUCGAGGGCCUGGACGCUUACAUAGAGGAAAACAAAUCCAAUAAAGAGAAUCUAUCUCAAGGAUUCAAACAACUCGAGCUUAUGAUCAACCUUCUAUACGAUUUGAAUUGUCAAGAUCUCGCACCCCUUGUGGAGGACAAUGCACAGUCUAUCGCCAAUCUACUUCUCAAAUACCUGCUAUAUGAUAACCAGCUUCUUCACACCGACGAUGAAUCUGAAGCGGGACUUUUGGAGUUUGUCAAGGCAGCAAUUUUUGAGGUGUUGACUUUGUUUGUCCAGAAAUAUAGCGACGUUUUCGAACCUCACGUCGGACAAUUCGUUGGUAACUCUUGGAACUUGUUGACCACCGUCGGAGUAGAAACGAAAUACGACAUAUUGAUCAGCAAGGCACUUCAAUUCUUGACAUCAACCACAAGCAUGCCCGAACAUGCUAGGAUUUUCGAAGACCAAGGUACUCUGAGCCAGGUCAUUGAAAAGGUAAUUCUACCGAACAUUGCACUCCGAGAAUCCGACGAAGAGCUCUUUGAGGACGAGCCGAUUGAGUUCAUCCGCCGCGACCUUGAAGGUUCAGACAGCGAUACUCGACGUCGAGCAGCUACCGACUUUGUGCGGCAAUUGGCAACCAAAUUCGAGAACUCAGUCACACAAGUGGUCUCUCAGUACACGGAUCAUUACCUUGCCGAAUACGCAAAAAAUCCGGCGUCGAACUGGAAAUCAAAAGAUACUGCUACCUACCUGUUUUCCGCAAUUGCUGCCAAAGGCGCAGCAACAGCUUCACAUGGUAUUACAACUGUCAGCACACUAGUUGAUAUCGCGGACUUCUUUCAAAAACACCUUGCUACCGACUUGGUCUCUGACAGUGGAGUUAAUCCUAUCUUGAAAGUCGACGCCAUCAAAUACCUCUACUUGUUCCGAAGUAUCAUCACACCCCAACAGUGGCAGGAAGUGUUCCCUCUGCUGGUCAAGCAUUUGGGUUCCGACAACUAUGUUGUGUAUACUUACGCGGCUAUUGCUGUCGAACGAGUCCUUGCGUUCCACGAUUCUGCAGGUCAGCCUGUGAUCUCACCGGCCAAUAUCACGCCCUUGGCCAAAGAGCUUCUGGAGCAUCUAUUCCAGCUCAUUGAAAAGGAUCCUUCACCACCGAAGGUGCAAGAGAAUGAAUUCUUGAUGAAAUGUGUGAUGAGAGUUCUGAUUAUCAUCAAGGAGGAAGUUGUGCCUCUUACAGAUGCAGUCUUGGAGCAUUUGAUCAAAAUCACCAGAAUCAUUAGCGCUAACCCUAGCAACCCGCGCUUCUACUAUUAUCACUUCGAAUCGCUUGGCGCAUUUAUCAGAUUUGCUGCUCCUGCGAACCCCGAGAAAUUGGAACAAGCACUUUAUGCGCCAUUUACCGAGGUUCUCCAAGCGGACGUUCAAGAAUUCAUGCCUUAUGUCUUCCAACUAUUCGCUGCGCUACUUGAGGCAAACUCGUCCGCGACGUUACCAGAGUAUUACCAGAAUCUGAUUGCACCUAUUCUCAUGCCAGUCAUGUGGGAGUCCAGGGGCAAUGUGCCUGCAUUGGUCCGGCUACUCUCUGCUAUCAUUCCUCGCGGCGCGCAAUUCAUCUUGCAGAACAACCAGGUUGAGCCGAUUUUGGGACUUUUCCAGAAGUUGCUCUCUACAAAAGCAAACGAGAGCCAUGGGUUUGACCUGUUGGAAAGUGUUAUUGGAAGCUUUCCUGCCACUGCUCUGGAACAAUACUUUGUUUCCAUCAUGCAGAUUAUUCUGACUCGUCUGCAAAACUCGAAGACUGAGGUUUUGCAGUUGCGAUUCGUUCGCUUUUACCACUUUGUUUCGGCUCGGGAUGAUCAAGGUUACAGUGCGGACUUUUUCAUCCAGGUCACAGACAAGGUUCAAGAAGGUCUAUUUACACCCAUCUACCUUAACGUCAUCCUACCCGAAUCUCAAAAACUCGCGAGGCCAUUGGACCGCAAGACGGCAGUUAUUUCCUUCACAAAAACACUGGCCAACUCAGAAGCCUUUGCACAGCGAUAUAAGAAGGGUUGGGGUUUCACAUGCGAGGCCCUUCUCAAGUUGUUAGAACUGCCUCCUGUUCCAGUCACCCGGGAUGAUAUCAUUACGGAACACGACGUGGAUGACAUGGCAUUCGGAGUCGGAUUCACGCAACUGAACACUGUUCGACCUCGCCAAAAGGACCCAUGGCCGGAAACUGGAGCCGAUCUGAAAGUGUGGACAGGGAAGUAUCUGAAGGCGGCCAACACGAAGCACGGUGGCCGAAUUAAUGGAUUUGUUCAGGAACGACUCAGUCCUGAGCUUCAAAAAAUUCUUGUCAGUUAUAUGACGGCGUGAGAUGUGGUUUGUGGAGCAUGUGCAUCAUUCUGUUGAUUUAGACACCAUACCUAAUGCAUUUGGCGGCGAGUUUUAACGAGGUCAUACGAGU